ACCUCUGAACUUCUUAGGCAUUGAGAGUAGAAAAUCCGGAAGACCAUUAGGCAAGCGGCGUUGCCAAGGCGGCAGGAUUCGAAGUAGAGAGAGAGUAUUUUAAAUGACAAAUAUGCCCCCGCAAUCAGUGUAAAAUUACGAGGGAAGGUAGCUCUAUUUCCACGCCUUGUUCAUGAUUCCGUCCACACCACACCAUCUUUCCACUACUCUGUUAAGUCUCCCAACUUUUCUCGCAAAUCUCAAUUUUCUCUUUCACUCUCCGCUUAACCCUAGAUCUCCGUCGAGCUAGAACGAGCUGAGAAAGAUCGAUCCGAAGACGCCGAAACCAUUUUCUCGGAUCCAAGCUCUAAUUUUCUGUUCAGAGAUCACUACUAGUAAAUUAAGUCAAAAAAAAUGGUCAAUAACAAUUCAUCCCCGAGUUCUCCUGGCGAAGACCAAAACCCCAAUCCUGAUGCACCUCCACCUUCUGAGAGUGACAUUGCGAUUGAUGCACUGGCUCGAAAGGUGCAGGAAUCACUUUCCCUUGGAAAAAGACACAAGUUUUGGGAAUCCCAACCUGUCAGACAGUUCAAGGAUGUUGGUGACAGUAGUUUGCCCGAAGGCCCAAUUGAACCUCCAACACCACUGUCCGAAGUCAAGCAAGAACCUUACAAUCUUCCCAACUUCUAUGAGUGGAUUACUUGUGAUAUUGACUCUGAAGAGAUGUGCACUGAAGUUUAUAACCUUCUCAAAAACAAUUAUGUUGAGGAUGAUGAGAACAUGUUCAGGUUCAACUAUUCGAAGGAGUUCCUUCGAUGGGCUCUUCGCCCUCCAGGUUAUUACAAAAGCUGGCACAUUGGUGUUCGUGUCAAAAGUUCAAAAAAGCUGGUUGCUUUUAUUACUGGUGUUCCUGCAAAGAUUCGUGUCCAUGAUGAUGUUGUUAAGAUGGCAGAGAUUAAUUUCUUGUGUGUUCACAAGAAACUCAGAUCAAAAAGACUAACUCCUGUCAUGAUUAAGGAGGUUACUAGGAGGGUUCACUUGGAGAAUAUCUGGCAAGCAGCCUAUACUGCUGGGGUGGUUCUUCCAACGCCAAUCUCAACCUGCCAAUAUUGGCACAGAUCAUUGAAUCCAAAGAAGCUGAUUGACGUUGGGUUUUCUAGGCUUGGUGCUAGGAUGACAAUGAGCCGGACAAUAAAGCUUUACAAGUUGCCGGAUUCAGCAGUCACACCCGGGUUCAGAAAGAUGGAGCUUCAUGAUGUUCCUGCAGUUACACGAAUACUUAGGAAUUACUUGAGCCAGUUUGCAGUUGCACCUGACUUUGAUGAAGAUGAUGUAGAACAUUGGCUUCUUCCAACUGAGGACGUAGUGGACAGUUUUCUUGUUGAAAGUCCUGAGACUCAUGAGAUCACUGAUUUUUGCAGUUUUUACACACUUCCUUCAUCUAUCCUUGGCAACCAGAAUUAUUCGACAUUGAAGGCUGCUUAUUCUUACUACAACGUAUCCACAAAAACUCCAUUGCUUCAGUUGAUGAAUGAUGCUCUUAUUGUGGCAAAACAGAUGGACUAUGAUGUUUUCAAUGCGCUAGAUGUGAUGGAAAAUGAAUCAUUUCUGAAGGAACUAAAAUUUGGGCCAGGUGAUGGUAAACUGCACUAUUAUCUUUACAAUUACAGGAUAAGACAAGCAUUAAAACCAUCAGAGCUGGGGCUUGUACUCCUAUAGCACAAUCUUGUGGCGUGAACCAUGGGAAGUGUUCCUGGAUAACGUGUUCAUUUUUUCCUUUCCUUUUAUUUUAUUUUAUUAUUUUUGGUUUGUGGGCAUAAAUUGCCUUGAUAUACUUUGUUGACAACUAUUGUUAGGCUUUAGAAUUUGUUGUGCAAGUAACAAAUUUUGUGGAUUGUAAUGCCUGAGAAGCAAUUAUGAAAUUCUUUGCCUCUGCA